CGCUGAAGUAAUGGAAGAAGAGCACGUUUCAGGAGUAUUAGUUCCCUUGCUUACGCGGCUUAUUCAAGAUGAACAAGAUUCUGUCCGGUUGUUAGCCGUUCAGUCAUCGAUUUAUAUUUGCCGAGCGCUGGAUAACGAGCAGCGGCACGUGACUUUGCUUCCGCUUUUGCUACAGAAUUGUUGCUCGGACUCCUCUUGGCGUGUGCGUUAUGUUCUUGCUGAAAAAUUUGUUGAGUUGCACGAGGCUUCAGGUUCGGCUGCGGGUGUCACUGGGUUUGUGGAUGCUUUACUGAAAUUAUUAAGAGAUUCUGAAGCCGAAGUUCGAGCCGCUGCAGCUUCCGUGAUUUCAGACUUUUGUGCUGGUCUUCCUGAAGAUUGUAAGACAACCAUUAUUGUUGAGCAAAUCUUGCCGUGCGUGAAAAGCCUCUCGAUGGACGCUUCGCCAUUUGUCCGUUCUGCUCUAGCGCUUCAUAUAAUGAAAUUAUCAAAAACGAUUGACCCAGAGCUCUCGAUGAGUUGCUUAGUAGACCUUUUUACGACUUUCCUGGCGGAUGACUUUCCGGAUGUCCGUCUUAAUGCUAUUUUAACGUUAAGCGAUAUUUGUGGAGUUUUAAGCACUUCUUCUUUAUCUCGUUCUAUUAUUCCUUCCAUCAUUGGACUUUCUGAAGACCGUCAGUGGCGCGUGAGACUUUCUGUUAUUGAGUAUAUCCCAGAAUUAGCGCGUCGGCUGGACGAUGAGUUUUCUGAGAAUGUGGGCUCGUUGUGCACAAAAUGGCUAUGCGACUCUGUUCACUUUAUUCGGAAAUCCACGUCAAAGACUAUUGCGGACCUCGUGCGUCUCUACGGGGCCACGUGGGCUAAAACAGCUAUAUUUCCCGCGCUAUUUCAGAUGGCCAAUUACCAAAAUUAUUUGCACCGGAUGACUGUUUUGUUUACUAUUGAUUCUCUUCUUCCAGUCCUCGAUUCGGACGUUAUUAUCGAAGACUUAAUCCCAUUGGUUAUAAAAAUGGCAGGAGACCCAAUCGCCAAUGUCCGCUUUAAUGCCGCCAAAACGAUGGGCAGUCUUAUAAAAAGUUUAUCAUUUAAACCAGAAAAUAUUGAAAUCACACUGAAAUCUUUAGAAGAAGAUCCCGAUCCCGACGUUCGAUUCUACGCCAAUCAGUCGCUGGAAUGCUGCUAAUAACAGAUUGCUUUCUACUGCAUAAAUAAAAUAUUUA